CUCAUUUUGUCGUACGGUGAUGCAAGCCGCUAUAAAAGCUCCCUCUCUAGAUCGCCCUGUCAGCCACCACCCACGGCAGCAGAGAUCGCCCUCCUCCUCGCUCGCAGGAACGCACGUGAAGCAGACACGGCGCUGACGCCCGGCUCGGGAAAAGCCGCAGCGCCUCAGCCAGACGGGACCGCGCAGCCCCGCGCCUGUCGGCCCCGUGUCUGUCCCCCCGCCCCCAGAGUGAAGAUGAGUGGUGAAGAAAUUCUUGUGUGUGCAGUACAACUUGGAGAAAAUUUCUGCCUCUAUUUUGCAGGUAAUUAAGGGCUAGAAUGUGAUGCCUUUUGUAAGGAAAAAAUUCUCCACCGAGUCCUUCGAAAUGUAAAUAGCCAGUUGCUUGUGGUUCGACCAGAUUUAAACAUGGCAGCUUUUGAAGAUGUGACAGAUCAGGAGAUGAAAUCUGGCAAUGGAAUGCAUUUCAACAUUCACUACUACAAAACUACCACACCUUCAGCAGGGAUGCCUGUUGCAUUCAGCGUCCAGGUAGAAGAUAAAAGUUAUUACAUGUGUUGUGAGAAAGAAUGUGGAAAAAUGAUAGUUCGAUUUAGGGAAGGAGAAGUUCCCAAAGAAAUUCCUGGUGAAAGCAAUGUAAUCUUUUUCAAAAAGACGUUUACAUCUUGUAGCUCCAGAGCAUUUAAGUUUGAAUACUCGCUAGAACAAGGAAUGUUCUUGGCCUUCGAGGAAGAAGGCUCCUUAAGAAAAUUAAUUCUAAAGAAAUUGUCAAGAGAAGAUGAAGUGGAUGAAACCACGAAGAUAAGUUUCUAACUUCAGUCAGAAAGAAAGUCACAACCUAUAACAUACUUCAACAGACUGAAAAUAUAUUUUGGCUUUUUAUAAAAGAAAUCUUAUUCUUUCUUCAUCUGAGGCAAGCCAUUUUUAUGUUUUUAGCUACCAUAAGUCAGUACAAAAAUGAGCAUCUUACAAAGAAAAAUAAAUUCAAAUUCUUGGCAAAAAGAAGCAGAAGAAUGUUUUCCAGUCAGAGGGAAGGAAAGAGAAUUGCACAAUGAAGAAACAAGAAUGUGCAUGCCUGUAUCAUCCUGUAUAGUUUGAUCCCUAAAAUCUUUGCUGCCUGUUGAUCAAACAGCUUUUGACUUAGGUGUCUCAUAGAUGAAGUAGACCUAUUUUGGGGAGGGAGAGAAAACAGCUUAAAAUAACAGAUUUCAUAAGCAGACCAUGCAUCUGGCCAAUAAACACUUUGACAUUA